GAGAAGAAUCAGCUGAUGACCACCAAUGUAUGGAUAAAACAGGAAUGGAUUGACACAAAGCUACGAUGGGACCCUGAUAAAUAUCUGGGCAUUACAUCCAUCAGAGUUCCCUCUGACUCCAUCUGGAUCCCAGAUAUUGUGCUCUAUGACAAUGCUGAUGGUCAUUUCGAGGCAACGGUCACCAAAGCUGUGGUGAGGUACGAUGGCGCCAUCUCCUGGACACCACCCGCCAACUACAAGUCCACCUGCACCAUAGACGUCACCUUCUUCCCCUUCGACCUGCAGAACUGCUCCAUGAAGUUUGGAUCCUGGACCUACGACGGCUCACAGGUGGACAUACUCCUUGAAGAUGUGCAUGUGGAUAAGAGGGAUUAUUUUGACAACGGGGAAUGGGAGAUCGUGACAGCCACGGGAAGCCGAGGAUUACGGACCGACGGCACCUUCACGUAUCCCUUCAUCACCUAUUCCUUUAUCAUCCGCCGGCUGCCGCUCUUCUACACCCUCUUCCUCAUCAUCCCCUGCAUCGGCCUGUCCUUCCUCACGGUGCUGGUCUUUUACUUGCCCUCUAACGGUGGAGAGAAAAUCUCCCUUUGCACCUCAGUGCUGGUCUCCCUCACUGUUUUCCUGCUGGUGAUUGAGGAGAUCAUACCGUCUUCCUCCAAGGUCAUCCCGCUCAUCGGCGAGUACCUGGUCUUCACCAUGAUCUUCGUCACGCUCUCCAUCGUCAUCACCGUCUUCGCCAUCAAUAUCCACCACCGCUCUUCCGCCACUCACCACAGCAUGGCGCCGUGGGUCCGUCGCAUAUUCCUACACCGUCUGCCCAAGCUGCUCUGUAUGCGCAGCCACGUGGACCGAUACGCGAGCACUGCAGCCGGACAGGGAGACAGAAGGUUCGGAAAAGGAGGUUCUGUGAAAAACUCUAUGGAGGAGACCACCCCUCUGCUCUCCACCAAACAAAACCUGCAGGCAGCACUUGACUGCAUCCGUUACAUAACACUGCACGUGGUCAAAGAGAACGAAGUCAGAGAGGUUGUCCAGGACUGGAAGUUUGUGGCCCAGGUGCUGGACCGUGUGUUUCUGUGGGCCUUCCUCCUGGUGUCAAUCCUGGGUUCGGUGUUGCUCUUCAUUCCUGUCAUCUACAAAUGGGCCAACAUCAUCGUCCCAAGCCAUGUCGGUAGCAUCCCCCCAAUGGACAGACAGUGA